AAUGUCUCUUUUGUUCAUUUUCCUUUGUCAAUCAAACAUCAUGAUCAUCAGGGAUUCAUUUGCAAUUAAUGCAAGUACCAAUUUGCAUUUUUCACUUACAAAUUACAACCUUGUAUUUAUAGAGCAAAGGUUAGAGCCUCUCCUCAACACCUUAGACUCAGGUAGCUGGUUUUCAUGGCUGCAUUUCCUAUAGGUUAUAAAACACCAUACAAGGACCAAAACCUAUUGAGGCAAAGGGCAAUAAAACACAAUGACAAAAGGUUCAUGAAUCACCAUGUCAAUAUGCUAAGAUCCUCUUCAAUUCCUGGUCAAGUUAGCAAUAUCUAUACAAAAUGCAUAGCUCAUGGCAGAGGAGCUUUGCAUAGGGCCGCGACGGAAGAAAUACUCGCGGCCGGUGGUAGUCUAGAUUGUCACCUAAGCAUCAUUCAGAGAUGUCAUUCGAAUUCGAAGAGAAGAAACCUUUUCAAAGUUCUGUUUUCAGCAGAGUCUGGCUCCAUUGAGAAACAACUAAGAUCAUUGGAUUCUUACUUUGGAAAACUCCAUGAGCAAACAAAGUUGCAUACUUUUGAUUCGUUGAAUAAAGUGGCGCCGGUUCAUAAUAGAGAUAGCGAAACCAGACCGAAAAAUGGACUAGAGUCUCUUGAUGAGUAUCUUGGCAAAUUGAACAAUGAAGUAAACCAAGAAUCUCUCUUACCAUCAAGUUAUUAUGAGAAUCUUGGUGAAGAGAAUUUAGUUCAGAAACCAAAGUUUAGGAAACCAAAUACUUAUGUGGAUAUAAGAAGAAUCAAAGGCAUAGGUGAUUCAAGGUCUACUAUGGAUCCACUUCAGAAUGAUGAAACCUCUAGUCUUUACCUAAUUGGUAUAUUGGUUUCUGUAAACAUUGCAGUGUUUUUAUUUGAAAUAGCAAGUCCUAUAAGAAAACCAGAUUUCGAGCUGUUUUCGCUUCCGCUGCUAUACGGAGCAAAGAUAAACCAUUUGAUCAUGGUUGGAGAAUGGUGGAGGCUUGUAACACCAAUGUUUCUGCAUGCAGGAAUAUGUCACAUGACUCUCAGUUGCUGGGCCAUUGUAACUUUCGGACCGCAAGUAUGCAAAGGAUACGGUUCAUUUACUUUUUUCUUGAUCUACAUACUUGGUGGAAUAUCUGGCAACAUGAUAAGCUUUCUUCAUACUGCAGAUCCAACAGUUGGUGGCACAGGACCUGUAUUUGCAAUAAUUGGUGCUUGGCUUAUGUAUCAAAUUCAAAACAGAGAUGUCAUUGCAAAUGAUGCUUCAGACGACAUGUUCCGGAAGGCAAUAAUUGUGACUACUCUUGGUUUCAUAUUAUGCAACCUUGGUCCAAUUGAUGAAUGGACACACCUUGGAGCAGCUCUCACAGGCAUGGCAUUUGGGUUUCUAACAAGCCCAAGUCUUGAGCUUAAUGAUGCAUCAUCUGGAGGAAGUGGAGGACAAGAGGAAGGGCUCAAACUUGUUAGAAAACAUGGUGAUUCUUGCAAGUCACUGAUUGUAUUCACCAUAUUCAUCAUUGCAUUAAGCUCUCUCCUUUUCUUUAUGGAGCCCCCACUCAAUGCACUUGCAGCUGAAGACUUGGAAUGCAUGUAGUUGAUGCAUCUUUCUAUACUCCAUCAUGUUCAUUUUUCCAUGUCACAUUUUAGUUUAAAGUUUUGAAACUUUGAGAAGAAGAAACGAAUAUAUAUAUUUUGUAAACAAAGUUUUUGUGGGUAAGCUCACCAUAGUUUGAACGGAGUCUUUACAACAGCAAGAAAGACUUGAAUUCAUAUCUUGACAUCUUUAUGGACAGAAGUGGAUCUAGAAAUUCCAACUUUGGGAGCAAAAUUUAAGUUGAGAUUUUUAAAUGAGUUAAUACUCAA